AUGGCGGAGCUGGGGAAAAAGUACUGCGUGUACUGCCUGGCCGAGGUGAGCUCGCUCCGCUUCCGCUGCACCGAGUGCGCCGACAUCGAGCUCUGCCCGGAGUGCUUCUCGGCCGGGGCCGAGAUCGGCCCGCACCGGCGCUGGCAUGGCUACCAGCUGGUGGACGGCGGGCGCUUCACCCUGUGGGGCGCCGAGGCCGAGGGCGGCUGGAGCAGCCGGGAGGAGCAGCUCUUGCUGGAUGCCAUCGAGCAGUUCGGCUUCGGCAACUGGGAAGAUAUGGCUGCUCAUGUUGGAGCGUCACGGACUCCUCAGGAAGUGAUGGAACACUACGUAAGCAUGUACAUCCACGGCAACCUUGGGAAAGCCUGCAUCCCUGACACCAUCCCAAACAGAGUGACUGACCACACCUGCCCAAGCGGCGGCCCCCUUUCCCCCAGCCUGACCAUGCCUCUGCCGCCUCUGGACAUAUCGGUGGCUGAGCAGCAGCAGCUGGGCUAUAUGCCACUUCGAGAUGACUAUGAAAUCGAGUACGACCAAGAUGCCGAGACUCUGAUCAGUGGUCUGUCGGUGAACUACGACGACGACGAUGUGGAAAUAGAAUUAAAGAGGGCUCACGUGGACAUGUAUGUGAGAAAGCUAAAGGAGAGGCAGCGCCGAAAGAACAUUGCGCGUGACUACAACCUGGUUCCCGCUUUUUUAGGGAAGGAAAGAAAAGACAAAGAAAAACCUUCCAAACGCAAGAUCACAAAAGAGGAAAAAGAGUUGAGGUUAAAACUGAGGUCUCUCUACCAAUUUAUGUCUUGUAAGGAGUUUGACGACUUCUUUGAAAACCUGCACAAGGAGAAGGUUCUGCGAACCAAGAUUAGGGAACUACAGCGAUAUCGUCGGAAUGGAAUCACAAAAAUGGAAGAGUCAGCAGAGUAUGAAGCUGCUAGACACAAACGAGAGAAGAGGAAAGAGAACAAAAAUAUUACUACUGCUAAGAGGGGAAAGGAAGAUGGUAAAGAUGGAGAAUUUGCUGCCAUUGAAAAUCUUCCUGGCUUUGAGCUUCUCUCAGACCGAGAAAAAGUACUUUGUAGCUCUAUAAAUCUGAGUCCAGCACGUUAUGUGACAGUUAAAACUAUUAUAAUUAAAGAUCAUCUACAAAAAAGACAAGGCAUUCCAUCAAAAAGCCGUCUUCCUAGUUACUUAGAUAAGGUACUAAAGAAAAGGAUUUUGAAUUUCUUAACAGAGAGCGGCUGGAUAUCCCGAGAUGCUUCUUGAAUCUUGUCUGUAUGCUUUGGCAGAGUAUUCAUACGAACAGAAGGGCCCGUCGCUGCCCUGUGUAAUUGUUACUAUCUUCCCUUUUCUCAGAACCUAGGAUUUCCCUUGUGAAAGCUUGGUAAUCCUGAGUUUAAGAUGGAUUUUUUUUUCAGUGUUGGAUCAUGCAAAAGUUGAAUGGUCCCACUCUUAACUUCCUUAGCCAGAGGAAGCUGGUGGAUCAAGUGGCUCACGUACAUUGACUAGUAUAUUAAAUGUGAGAGGCGGAACUCUGACACUGUUACCAAGCAACGUCUCUGUGACACAAGUUAUUUGUGGGGGAGAAAAGACCCCGUCCGCUUGUAUUGUG